AUGGACGGACUCAACGCUUCGGAACAGCGCGAGCUCGCUGCUCGUAUGGAACGCAAGCAGCUCAAGGAAUUCAUGACCAUGUACUCCAAGCUCGUCCAGAAGUGCUUCGACGACUGCGUCAACGACUUCACCACUAAGUCCCUGAUCAACCGUGAGGAGGGCUGCGUUCUUCGCUGUGUCGACAAGUACAUGAAGGGAUCGGCUCGCCUGAACGAGCGGUUCCAAGAGCAGAACGCGGCCAUGAUGCAGGGAGGUGGUCUGGGGCGGUAA